AUGUUCUUCAGCUUCUUUUCACUGGUCUUUUUCUUGUUUCUCUCAAAAACGCAUGCUCUCUUUGGUCUCUUUUCGGUCCAUUGCCAGUUUACUUUCCCUGAUGGCCAUGAGGUUGUUUUCCUGGAGCAAGUUUACUUAAACAAGCUGUUAAUGGGUCAGUACAACAGCACUACAGGAGUAGUAGUGUGUGUUGGCUACACAGAAGAAACAAAACCAAUUGCCAAUUACAUCAACAAAAACAAACAUUUGCUGGAUCGGCAAAAGAAAAAUGAAGAAGAAUUGAAAUCACUCAUCCCAUUGUUUAUUCAGGAGGCGCUGAAAUCUUUGAAGUUCAUCAAGCCUUACGUCAGGCUGACUUCAGUAAAAGACCCAGGGAGUGAACAUCCAGCCAUGUUAAGAUGCAGCGUCUACAACUUUUAUCCCAAACAAAUCAGAGUGACAUGGCUGAGGAACGAGAAAGAAGUGACAUCUGAUGUCACAUCCACUGAGGAGUUGUCCAAUGGGAACUGGCUUUACCAGAUACACUCCUACCUAGAGUACACACCCACAUUUGGAGAGAAGAUCACUUGUAUGGUGGAGCACAUCAGCCUCAUGGAGCCCAUACGUAAGAACUGGGAACCCUUGUCUGAGUCUGACUGGAAUAAGAUCUCAGUUGGAACAGCGGGGCUGCUGUUUGGUCUGGGCUUUACAACUGUUGGCCUCAUUUACUACAUGAAGAACACAAGAGGUCGACUGUUGGUGCCCACAGGUUGAGGCGUCCUGCAAUUGAGUUGUCAGCUUAUUAUUUAAUCAUAUGUUAAUCAUCCGCGUGUCUGUUGGUUUGUGAUGUUUGCUUCAGAACUCAGCCACAAAAAAGAGCUAGAGAGAUCCAACUCAGCAGUAAAGUUGACCACGGUGCACUCUGGUCAGUCAUAAAUAAGGUUAAAAAGUCAAAGUUCAAGGUCACAGGAUCAAGUAGUUUAAACAGCCUACUAUGCAGGUAUAAUAUGCAACUGUAAUAAAUUCAACAUACUUCUUCAUUUAAAUGUGUUAUGUGUUUCUGUUUAUAAGGAGGUCAAUAUAUAUUGUGUGUGAUAUUGUAUUACUAAUAAUAUAUCUUAAUAAUAUAUCUUAAAUAAAGGGAAGUUGAGUCACAUUUUGGAGGUCUUUAGGGUCUUUGAGUGCAGUCCAGUUUAUGUAUAAUCUCAUAUAUUUAACUUAAACUUGAAAAUUUAACUUAUGUUUAUCAUGAACAUCAGGUUUAAUGAAAUGAGAUCACACAUGAGAUGUGUGUAUCCAGGGACAAAACACACAACAAAUUGUGACAAUACAUCUGAAACCAUCAUGUAGACUAUCUAACAAUCUAGAUAAUUUUCCACUUGACAAGGUGGCAUGGGAGGACAGUGCGCUGGGAUUCCCAUAUAUACAGUAUGUAAAUAGAUUCAAUAAAAGAUACACAACUAUCCACAACAAACUGUUCAUUGUCAUGUUAUGCCCUGUAUCAACACAUGAACCAAGUGUUCAAGACCAGAGUUUAAACAAAACUGUGUGGCUCUUAAAAGGUGUUAAUAUCAAAAAUAAAAUAUUUAAGUAUUAGUAAAAGUUCUGCUCUGUAAAGAUUGUAAUAAUGACCUUUAACAUAUAGUUUAGAGGAUAAUUAAAAUUUGAUACCCCCCCCACACACACACACACACACACACACACACAACACUGUAUCAGUUCAUUCAGAAGGGUCAUUUAAUGAAAGUUCAUAUAAAGCUUCUGAGCAGGACCUGUCACAUCCCUAUCUACUCUGCUCUCUUUUUCUCCUCUCUCUCCCUUGGCCACACCUCCUCAUUCUCUUUUCCCACUCCACUAAUCAGCCUAACCCUCUCCACCUGUGUCCGCAGCUGCAGCUCAUUAGUUGGGGGCGUAUAUAUACCCUAUCCCUGGCUUUGCCUUUUGCCAGAUUGUCUCACUUAGUGCGUACUCGCCAGUGUUAUUCUCCGAGCCUGUGUCCAGAUACUGACCCGUUCUGCCUGCCACCUGGAUUCGACCCGGCUUGCCUGCCUGUCCUCAUCCCCCGGUGACGACCUGCCUUUGUUUCACCUCACCUCUCCGCCCUGGAUGUCGAACCGCCUUCUGCCCAUGACCACGUCUUCAGUCUGCGCUCACCUGGUUCAAGAGAGGAUUCCCUGGCACCCGACCUACCGCCUGUCUCUGAC